AACUGAAUAUUUCCGUUUCCGGGCCAGCUGCUCUAGGCCUCUGCCCAUUUUCAAAACAAGAAGGCCCAACCCCCAACAUUCAACUGACUGUUUCUCUUUCCCGGAACUAUAAUGUACACUGAUGUGUGCGUUCUUGGUGCAGGCAUAACUGGUUUGUCAGCAGCUAUCAAUGUUCAGAAGCUCAUCCGAUGCGUCAACGUCACCAUAAUCGCAGACAGUUUUGGCCAGGACACCACUACCCCAGUUACCAGAAACCUUUUUCUUCCCAUUCCAUCAAGCGUCAAAGGAACUGACCCUGAUGCUUUACGUAAGUGGUUUCUGGAUGGCUGGACUCAUCACUUCACACGAGCGAAGACACCAGAGGGAGAGGAAUCUGGCCAUUCCUUAAUCACAGGCUACUACUUGUGGUCAGAGGGGGAGGCCCCCAUCCUCUCAGACGCUGUCUUCAACUUCCACCAGCUCUCAGAGUCUGAGCUUGCUGAAGAAGAUUUCCCUUACGACAAAGGAUGUCGAUUUACUACAGUUGCAGUGGACUUCAAAAAGUACUUUCGGUGGCUUAUGAAAGACUGUACGGCAAGUACGACAUCGUCAUCAACUGUACCGGCAUGAGGGCACGUGAACAGAUGUCUGACCCCAGGCUGGUGCCUGUCAAAGGUCACAUGGUCCGGGUGAAGACUGAGCCAACGAAGAACUUCCUCGUCACAGAUGACAACAUUUCUGUUGUGCCCUCUAACAGUAGCGAGGAUUGCGAGUGUGUGGACGUGGGCUACCACUGGAAGAGGAGCGAGCACAGACCUGGGGUGAUGAGAGAACCCACAGCCCUGGUGCUCCGGAAGGCCCGCGGCCUGAUUCCCUUCCUGGAGGACUGCAGGGUGGUACAAGCCUGGGCAGAGAAACGCCCCAGUGAGGAGCCGCCUCUGGUGAAGAUAGAAAUGCUCAACUGUGGCAGUGCCAUUCUUCCUGUUGUGCACAGCAUUGGCCUGGGUACAGAGACGUUGACUCUUGCCUGGGGGACCGGAGUCUACGUGGCUCAUCUGGUCCUGGACCUACAGAGAACCAUCAAGCCCUUCGCUCACCUCAUGCUGCCCUUCAAAACAUUGAUCUGACGUUCUGAUCGAGAGAGGGAACUUUAUACAUGAUGUUACGCGGCUGCUCGCUCGUUUCAUGCUGCUCUGACGCUCGGGUCGAGGCAGGAAUUUUGUAUAGAUUAUUUUGAAAACUUUAUAAUUUGUGUUUUCGUUUCUAACUGUACACUGAAUAGUUGGCCGCUGCUCUGGUGGGGCUUGCUCAUUCUUUCCUAUCAAACAUCUAUCGUUCUUUUCUCUCCUCCUUUAUAGUGUUUGCUAUUUUUGUUUAAUAACACUUCCAUUCUUUGGAACUUGUUUGAACUUAUUGAAUUGUUUUGCAGGUGUCGUAAAACUAACUAAAACAAAGGGUUGGGCCAUGGUUUCCUUCUAAGUGCCUUGUGCAUUAGGUUGGCUUGUGGAAAACGAUGAUAUUGUUUCCUGUUGUGUUUGUGACCCCUGAGAACGAUGAGGGUUUUUCACCACGUGCUGGUCAAAGUUAUGUAUAAAUGACAUUUUACAGUGUCUUUGAGGGGUUUUCUUCAUCAUCUGUCACGACAGUAUGUUUAACUAUCUCAAUAUGUCAUUUUUGUUUUUGUUGUUUUGGAGCAGAAAAUUCUCAGUCAUUAAUGUUGCCUGCCAAGAUAUGAUCGAGUCUGAUCUAAACUGAAAUCUGUGAGACCCUGGAUUUUCUUUGGUUUUAGCGAAACAUCCGUUAAGAGAGGUUGCUCAAAUAGAGAGGAAAAAAUCGGGGAUUUUAUUUUCUUUCGGUUACAGUUGUUUUUAAAUUAAGCGUUUUCAGUCUAUGCGGACUUCACUGUAAUAUAUGAAAAAAAAAUUAAUUUUAGUUACACGAUGUUUUCCAGACAUCAGUACAAGUAGGCUCACCACACUUUCUCAUUCAGCCAUGAUAUUCUCAGGGUCUGGGACAUUCUGCCCUCCUCUGUAAAGCUUUAGUAGUGUACAUGUAUGUAUUGCCUUCACUUGUUGAUGUAGGAUGUAACAAUGUGACUUUUUCAUGGUCUUUGCCCCGACGUAGAAAUAAAUUUAUGUUUAAGUUUAAGGUCCUGUUCCUUUCUUGAUACAAAAUGUACCGGUAUGGUGCAAUGUUAUGAGGCCAUAGGAAGAAUAUAAAACAAUUUGAUGAUCUGUGUCAUAAUUCACAUUUCUUGCAGUCAUCAAAUUAGAAUAUAUAUGAAAAAAAUAUUAUAGACUACUUAACGCCAGCAGCAAGCCAGCUUUUAAAGGUUUGGAGACCUUCAUAUUUUUGCAUCUUUAUGAAAGUUCUUUCUCUGCCUAUGCGUCUGAGAGACUCUGACUAAAAUUAUUUUAAUCGGUUGAGGUUGCAGUAACAAUUUCGGUGUUAUGAGCAGCAUUAGUUUUCAGGGAUGAAAAUGAGAAAUACCUUUCAAAAGAUUUGUUUGUACCUGUAUUUUUCACUCCAUUCGAAAAGGCAGCAAAAUUUAUUAUUUUAUUUUGAAAAUAAAAAUCUUGUUCUUUUAUUCGUAUUGUUCAAUCAACAAGUGAGCAAAUGAGAAAAAAAUAACUUUGUGAAGCCAUACGAUGCCAAUCUACUAUUUUAUUCCCUCUUUUUCAACUACUUGUUCGUUUUAAGAUCUAUUUCAUCUGGCCAAGUAUUUUCCAUGUUGGUUUAUUGAUUUAUAUUUGCAAUAAAGAAAAAGAAUCAGAGGAAAUAAAAG